AUGAAUAAUGAGCAUAAGCAGGAUUACUCCUACCCCCAUUGGAAGGCUGAUGACUCUUCUUGUUACAUUAAGGAUUCUUCAGGAUCAAUUAGAGUUCCUGUCAGGGCUCUAAACAUCAUCUGGGGCAACGCUCCCCGAUUUUGGCAAUGGAUCAAGCUAACCGAAGAGAACUCAAAGGCCUCAGGAUUUGAAGAAGGUGCAGUACUCAAUCAGGUUAACUGGAUCGAGGUCACGGGGAAUUUGCAUUGCUUUGCCUCUGUGGCUGGAUUAGCGAAGAUGUACGAAAUAUUUUAUGUUGUGAAGUUCCAGGUUGAUGCAUUUGGGUGGCAUUCAGUUCCGAUAAAGUUCAAGGUGAAGCACAAUGGAGAAGAGAGAGUGCGAAGUGUAAUGCUCCAGGCUUACAGGGAGAAACAGGAGGAAUGGCUUGAGAUUCCUGGAGGCGAUUUCACGGUUUCGGAUGAUAAAUUUGGAGCUGUAGAGUUUGGUAUGUUUGAAGUCGAGAGUGACUGGUGGAAAGGGGGCAUGGUUCUUGCUGGUAUCAGGGUUAAACCUAAAAAAUAAGUUGAUUUUAUAUGUUUUUUUUAUAUAUAUUUUUAUUCUGAACAUAAAUUAAGUUACUUCAGGUUUUUUUUCUUC